CCACAUAGGAGCACUAAAAAAACUGUCUCCAACAAGACCAGAAUUAGCAUGCACUAAGAUCUCUCUCCCUCUCCAUUCCUCACUGGCGGCAUAGAUGUCGACGAUUAUGGGAUCUUACACGAGCCGGUCGCCGGUUCUGCCGGCUUCGUCUCAAGCUGCCAUAGCCCGUGGUUCUUGGAAGCCCGCAGUGGCAGCAUUCCGACCUUGUGCCGGCGUUAAGUGCCGGCGAGCACUUACCGUGACCUGCGCGCUCCCGGAGAAAGAACGGCCGCCGGCGUUCAGCAUCCCGCCCACCGUUCUGCUGUGCCCCGUGCCGCCGCCGGACGGGAAGGAGCGGUGGGACAUCAAGGAGGAGGAGGACCGCGUCACGCUGUGGCUCCAGGUGCCCGGGCUGUCGGCGAGCGACAUCGAGGUAACCACCGGCGACGACGUCCUGGAGAUCAAGCGGAAGGCCACGGCCCAGCAGCCCGCGGCGCCCGUGGACGCGCACAGCGUGGGCGCGUUCCACAUCCGGCUGCUCAUGACCAAGGAGUACGACGGCACCAGGGUCACCGCCGACCUCAAGGCCGGCAUGCUGGAGGUCACCGUCCCAAAGAACCUUCAACGCGGGGGUGAACGCGUCGAGCUGGGGAAGCCUGCGCACCGGCCAAAGCAGGGCACGAACACCAAGAAAGGCUCGGAGGACACGAAACUGGCCGGACCAGACCCUGGGCAAAUAAAAGGCAGGGGACUGGCUGGCUGAGGGUUGUGCUGUCUCCGUCGGUCCUGUUUCCUUUCCUUUUGUGUUGAAAUAAGUCUCAUUUUUAGUUCCCUAUGGAUGGAAUGACGGAGAGAGAUCGACUCAAGCCAGCAAUCAGCUUAGAUCACUGGCCCGAAGUGAGCUCUUGCGCUGUUUGUCGUAUCUUGUGUGUAUCGUUGAAGAACAUUUCUCUAUUUCAUUACGAGGAUCGUUUCCUUUAUUAAGCUCGUUUAUGGGGAAA